AUGGUGAGCACUCUGGACUCUGAAUCCAGCGAUCCGAGUUCGAGUCUCGGUGGGACCUUUCCCUUUAGGCCGCGCCGGCGUCUUUUACUCCCGCAGCCAGAACUCAGUCUCCUGCCGAAGCCCGCGUUCCUCCGGCUCCUGUUCCUGCCACCGCAGGCACCUGGCAGCCGCGUCCCUGACCUCUGCCGGCUCCUUCUCAAGAAAACCGGCUUCUCCGACCUGCGCGGUCCACAUGGGCAGGUGGCGCGCAGGUGGGGGACGAGCCCGGGCUGUCCCCGCUGGCCCCGGGCGGUCAGCCCGUCUCUGGCCAUCGGAGGCCCGGCCCCGCCGCCAAGCGGCGCAGCGACCGAGCCAGUGCCACCCCGCCGUCGGGGCCCCCUGGGUCUCGGGGGACCCACCUCUAACUUCUACAAUCCAAGCCUGGAGUCCACGCCUCAGCUCUGCAGUGAGAACAGAGUCCUUAGGGAAGAAAACCGGAGCCUUCAGGCUCAGCUCAGUCAUCUUUCCAGAGAGCACUCCCAGGAAACAGAAUGUCUGAGGGAGGCUCUGCUGACCUCUCGGUCCCAACUUCAAGAGCUGGAAAUGGAGCUAGAGCACCAAAAGGUGGAACGACAGCAGCUUUUGGAAGACUUGAAGGAGAAGCAACAGGAGAUCUUGCAUUUCCAGGAGGAACGGCUAUCUCUCCAGGAGAAAGACUCCAGGCUGCAGCAUAAGCUGGCCCUCUUGCAGCAACAGUGUGAAGAGAAACAGCAGCUCUUCCAGUCCCUCCAGUCAGAGCUGCAGAUCCACGAGGCACUUAAUGGCAAUUCCAAGAAGGGGCUGAAAGCUUACACCUGGGAUGCCUGUCACCAAGUCCCUUUGGGCAGUGACUUGAGCCGCCUGGUGGCAGAGAUCCGAGCUUUGAGAGGGCAGCUGGAGCAGAGCAUUCAGGUGAACAACUGUCUGCGACUGCAGCUUGAACAGCAGUUGGAUGGUGGUGCCAGCAAAGCCAGCCUCAGCCCCUCCUCUGUUAACCAGAAAUUCCCCAACAACACUGACCCUGGAAACAAGCAGCUGCUCUUCCAAGAUUCAGUUGCCUCCCCUCCAGUUCGGGAUGUGGGCAUGAAUUCUCCAGUUCUGGUCCUCCCCAGCUCCUCUUCUGCUGCUUCUGGCUCAGGGACCACAACCUUCAACAGGAAAAAUGAGCUGGGUUUGGAUGCUUCUCCAGUAAUGAAGAACCCUCCCAAGCUGGAGGGUGAUGCUACUGAUGGCUCCUUUGCCAAUAAGCAUGGCCGCCAUGUCAUUGGCCACGUUGAUGACUAUAGUGCCCUAAGACAGCAGAUUGAAGAGGGCAUACUGCUGGUCAAGAAGGUAGCAUCCCUCAUGAGAUCAACCUGCAACUUCCUUGGCCUUGAAGCUCUAGGCACAGAGGUGAUGGGCAGUGAAGCCAUCCAUGAGCUCAGGAGCAGUGCCAACGCCCUGCACCACCGGCUGGAGGAGUCCGCCUCCCUCCUCACCAUGUUCUGGCGAGCAGCCUUGCCAAGCUCCCAUGGCCCUGCGCUGGGUGGCAAAGUGGGAGAGUCCAUGAAAAGGGAGCUUCUGGAACUGAGAACCAAACUAUCCAGACAGGAGAGUCUCCUUCAGAGCACAGCUGAGCAUCUGAAGACCGCCAACCAGCAGAAGGAGAGCUUGGAGCAGUUCAUCUUCAGCCAGUGUGAAAUCCCUAAGGGCUCUUCCAUGCACUCCAGUCCUGUGACCCUUGCCUUCCAGGAGCCAAGCAAGAAGCGAAGCCACCAGAGGUCCUCCAAACAGCAGGAAGGAUGGGCCUGCCCCCCUUUUUCACAGCUCCCUGUCUGCUGA